ACAGUGAAGAAAAUAAAGAUGACGAAGAAGCUGAAAAGAAUAGGGAAGAAACUAUAGAAGAGAAUGAAGGUGGCAACUCAAGGGCUUCAUACUACUGUUAUUUCUUGCAAGAUCGAAAUUAUUAUAGCUUG